AUGAUUGCUACUAGUCCUUGUGUCCGGACUCAAAUGAUGCAUACACACGCAUGUCCAGACAUCCGCAGCUACUUUGAGAUGGCAAACCCAAAAUUCAUCUGCGUAAAAGGAUAUGCUUCUAGGACUGAUCAAUUAGGUAUCAGUGACUUUAGUCCUAGCCACCCUCAUUCGAGGAGGUCUCUGAUUGAUAUGGUCUGGUUUAUUUACCAGACCAAGCAGGGUGAGCUAGAAAUUGUCACCAAAAAAGGCAGGUUACAGUUAGCGACUGGAAAUGCGUAUAGUCAAGAAACCAAGACCCGAGUCGAAGGGCAUUUACGUACACUUUCAGUUGUGAAGGAGAAGCAAGGUUACUUUCGACGAACCUAUCCAAUCCAGGCUAACCCAGAGUCUCGCCAUCUCGCUGGGUUGGCCAAAAAGCACAUGAAGAGUCUCGACUGGGAUAUGGUUACAACAAGAAUAAGUUCCUCAUCAUCAUUCAAGACUAUUGGCUCAGGACUGCAAGAAGUAGUAAACGACAGAGCUCAAGGCAGAAGCAAUGUGAACCACAAAGCAAGCAAUAAGGCAAUUUUUCAAGGGUUGUUUUUGUCUCUGGAUUUCUUUGGCCGCCCUGUGACAGGGCUCGCAAUAAUACAACCCUUUAGAGAAUACCAGAGAGAGCUUGUGAGCGUUGGACUUUACCAAAAGGGUUCUUGGUGUGGUAAGCCAAGAUCUGGUAGCUCCUCUGCCAUUCAGUGGUCAAACCCUUUUGUGGUUGACCCCAUCGCUGCAAGUUGGCACAUUGUUUCUACUGGAAGCUUGGUUGUUUACUGCGGGUGGUUUCGUAUACCUCCUGCUGGUGGUCAAGGCCCAUUCCGCCCGGUCAUCGAAGAGCAUUUUGCAGUCCCGAGCCCAUCUCUUCAGAUGAUGAUACAUAUUCCAAGAUCCAUUCCUUUGCUUACAAAACAAAUCCUAUCAAUUAAGUCAUAUUCGGCCUUAUCAACUCCAAUAAUGUGGAAAAUUCCGAAGCCUGAAUCCUGUGCAAGUAUGACAGCAGCAAGAACCAAAAUCCCUGAAAUGGUCAAGCCACGGUUUGCUUAUAUGUCCAAGUCCAAUUCCAAGUCUUGUCCAAGCCCAAGUCCAAAUGUCCAAACACUCUCUAAUAGAGGCGCAUUUCUAUACAAGUCCAAAAUCUGGGUUGUAUCUCCAAGUCUCAAGGCCAAGUCGAUUUCCAAGAAGGGGUCCAAUGCAAAAUUCCAACAGCAAGUUCCAAAAGAAAAACCAAAAACCAAAUCCGAGGCAUAUACUAAGCAUAUACUAAGUCCUCCUCUCCAAAAGGAUCAAAAGAAAUCCGAACUCGAGGCAUAUACUAAGUCCUCCACUCCAAAAGGAUCAAAUCCAAAAACCGAGGCGUAG